CCAGCUGGGUCUACUAUAUGUGAAGUCAGCUCCAUAUAAAGGAAACACAACCUUGAAUGUUAUUUUAUCUUCGACGUUUACUAUGAUGAAGAUUGUUGUCGUGCUGUUGGUAGCGUGCCUAGGGCCGUCCUUUGUCGACGCAGCUUGCGGGCGCAAGCCACCAGGGGCACGUGUCAUCAAUGGUCAGAACGCGCAGCCGCACUCGUGGCCGUGGCAAAUCUCACUGAGGCCUUACGGGCGAUACCACUCGUGUGGAGGAACUCUCAUCAGCGACCGAUGGGUGGUGACGGCUUCUCAUUGCGUCCACAAGAAUCCGAGACCCAGUUAUACUGUUGUUGUAGGUGCGCAUGAGAGGAAUGGAAAGACCGCUGUCCAGGAGAGCAUCCCUGUCAGUCACGUGAUCGAGCAUCCAGAGUAUGACGACAGAAAGAUAAAAAACGACAUCGCCCUGCUAGAGCUCUCGAGGCCCGUGAAGUUUGACCGAGAGGGCAAAGUGGGAACUGCAUGCUUGACCAACCAGCAACCGACGCCAGGAAAACGAUGCUACAUCACAGGUUGGGGGUCGACUAUUGGGACAGGAAACAGUCCCCGAAUUCUCCAGCAGGCCAUGCUUCCCAUCGCUUCACACAACGAUUGCAAGAAUAAAUACUAUGGUGUCUCGUCAACCGCACAUCUCUGCGCGGGGGAGGCAAGAUCUGGAGCGUCAGGGGGGUGCAACGGUGACAGUGGGGGUCCCCUGGUUUGCGAAGAUAACGGCAGGUGGUAUCUCCACGGAGCCGUGAGUUACGGCAAACUUCACUGUCCGACUACUUAUUAUACCGUAUUCGCACGUGUCGCCAGCUACACCGACUGGAUAAAGCAAGUCACAGGAGUGGGUAUUGAUGGCAGCUCUUCUGGUGGCGGCGGAGUUAACCCACCCCCUCCCCCUCCCCCACCGACCAAUGCGCCUCCCACCGGAGACUGCACAAACAAGGCAUCUAAUUGCCACGAGAUCACCAGUUACUGCGGAGUCCCAAAGAUCAGGAACUACUGGUGCAGAAAGAUGUGCAAGAAAUGUUAAGCUUCUGGCUACAUCACAACAAGAUUAACAGAGAAAAUCCCAAAAAAUAAAAUGUACUCCUUGAUUUGCCCAAUAAAGUUAAAGCUCUGAAUGUGAAAA